AUAAAACCGUCGUCCUGCAUACCGACUCCCUGAAAUAUGCGUAUUUGGAGCUCGACUUGAUGUUGCAGUGGAUCGAUGGCUAUGUGGAAAGGUGCGUCCAUAGGAGGUUGGAAGGGCCAGUAAGAGUCGAGAUUUUGAAUCCGUUCACGAAGAACGGGGAAUCAAUGGUGUUGGACGGCCACAUGAGCUAUGGACUCUACACAGAUGACGGUGAACGCUACUUGACUUCGGUGGGAGCAGAACCGGACAACUACGUGGUGCUCGCAGAAGGCAGCGAUUUUUUGGAGCUUAAUUUUGGGGGGCUCUGUGGAAGCGGAAGCAGACUACCAGAGAUGCCAAGCGACGGCUUCGAGGGCUGGGAUCUGAAAUACAUGGCCGAUGACGUUUACCUGCUGACGCUGGAACGCUUUUACCUUUGGAGCUCAGUGACGCGAAAGGUAUCAAGUGUUGCGUUACCGAUCCGCGGAUGCAUUGACGGCCCGAAAAAUCGAAUUCACGCCAUUGUAUCGGACUACCGGAAUGAUUUUAAUGCGGAUAUUUUCGUUGUGGUUGACGACAUGGUCCUGCGCUUCAACGUGGAACCUCGUGACGAGAAACUCCAGUUGUGCAACCUGUACAGCCCAGGAGUUGGGCGGAUCACGGCCUGGACGGCCACCACCUGCAAGAAGUUCAUCGACCCGCAUUUCCACGUCGCCGGUGCGAAGGGGAUGGUGUCGUUUACCAUGCAACCGCAACCACGAAAGAUCCGUUCUUUGCCGGCUCUCAAAAAAUCGGCACUUGCCCAGUUUUACGCAACAUCAAGACCGGACCACUUUGUUCGUCUGCACAAUGGAAACCUCGUACCCUACCGUGAAGGCUCCGUCGCCCCGGAUUUGGCCACCGGGCCCUACGUCCGGUUUUUGGACGGGUAUCCGGGGCUCGAUCGCUACGUGCUGCUGACGGCAGACAAUCAUGUGAAAUACGUGGAAAUCGACAUGGGAGACCUGAAUGAUCCUGAUCCGACGAUCACCCAAUACGUCUUGCCCAAUCCAGCCCUCACCUCUCCACUCUACGUGGAAGGCGUCCACUAUAAUCCUGUCUGCUUCUGGGGCUCAUCGGAACUCACCCAUCAGACGAUUCCGAUCACCUCGUACAUGAUUACGAAUCUGGUGACGUGCAAGAUGAGUGUGUGCAUUGAUGGUAGAAGCUUCAUGAAGCGGGGCGAGCCCUCUCAUCUUGGCGAAUUGGAAAAUGGUUUCCUGGAGGAUGAUCCACUUCUGAAGCUGGUUCCGAAGCAUUUGACAGUCGUCAAGGCGGGAGUUCUGAUCAAAGCCAUGGCGGUCCGCGUCCUCGUCGUCACAAAUCACUAUCUGUUAAUGGAGAAGGUGGACUGCCGUUAUCAGCGCCUGAGCAUCGACACGUUGGUCAAGUUUAACAAGCAGAGGACUAUCUCCGGCCCUCGGAUCCCGCUACCCAGCGAUAAAGAGCGCAACCGGCAGAUUGUCGACUUUACGGUGUCCGACGGCGACGAAGAAUUUAUGGUGUUGCUCGAGUGUGCGUAUGUGGUCUACUUCAAAUGGGAUCUGGUGAAGAAGGAAAGCCGGGCGAUUCCGACUCGCUGGAGAAGCAUUCCGGGGAUGAAGGUGGCAAAGUCGUUCCAGCACUCGAUGCUUGGCACUACACAGGUGUUCGGGUUCGCUGAGAGGACUGGGUCGAACGGGAAGAAGAUACUCACCCCUGCCAUCUACGAUCUUGACGAGAACUUCCAAAACAUGGUUGCUUGCGAGCAGGAUAUGAGCGCUAUUGCGGCGUUGCCAAACGACCACUAUCAAGUGCGACAGAGCAAGGUCUUCCGCUCCUACUUCCUGGACUUGAAGGGGCAAAAAGCUAAAGAUGAUGUCCGCAUCAUCAUUCCUUCGACGAGAAUGAACCAUCUGAGGCCUCUCCUCGUCAACCAUAAGAUCCAGAAGAUUGUUGCCUAUCCGAUGGAGACGUACGGGAUCACUUUGAUUGCUGUGAUCGGGCCCGCGCUAACGCUUAUGGUUUAUCAGCCAGAGUUCGAAAGGCUAACGACCGUCAACGAGCAUUACCCGCGGUAUCCGUGUGUCGAUGUCACGUUUGCUAGGGUUAGCGUUGAGAUCAACAAAGACCGACAACAUGGUGACUGCCACAUCAAGGGUUAUAUGAUUCUGGCCACCGAGAACGACAUCGAAGUGCUGGAAUUCUAUUACGGCGGGUCAGCGACCAACCACUUUGGCGAUCCAAAUCGGCCGAAGAAGGGCGACGCGCCGGAAGUUGUCAUUGCCGCCAGAAGCAUGUUCAACGUCGGGCCACGUGUUUGCAGUGUUUAUUGUCCGACUACGAACGAAGCCUGGGAGGAGAACCGCUUGUCAGUGUUUUACACGGCACAAAAACUGGGGAGCGAAACGGAAACAUUUAUCGGAAAAAUGACCAUCGAUGUGAGCAAGAAAGGUUCGCCGCUCGGCUAUGAUCAUCUCCGUGUGCCAUGCAACGGGAAUUUCGAGCCCGACCAGAAGUUUCAGUUGCUCUUCAAGCGAGACGCGAAAACUAACGAGCCGACGCUAGAAAUCUACCACUCAAUCCCGACAAAUCGCACGAGAUUUAAAUUCACCACCUGGGAUCUACAGAAGAAGAGUCUUGAGUUCGACAAAACAGUGGAAGCCUUUGAGACGAUUGAAAAUCAUAAGAAAGUGCACUCGUUAAAAUGGCAGGUCCGCUAUUAUACGGUGAAAACGCGAAUGGUCGACUCGAAGGUGAUAAGGCCGACGGAACCGGAAAUAGAACCGUACUACUACCUCCAUGAACGAAAUGGCGAAUUGGGAUGGGUGUUGCCAAAGAAAUCGAACGGGAACCCGGUAAUC